AUUAAUUAUAUUUUAUUAUAGAGAUUGGGUGUUCCUGAUUUACCAACUGAUAUUGCGUCAUCGGACGAAAACAAACCAUUCAACAGAAACCAGAACAUAGUACCAUACGAUGUCAAUAUAAUUGAAUUGGAGCCUUUACCGAGGUUUCUUGACUGUCAGCACACUUACGUAAACGCCUCAUACAUAAUGGUUAAUAAAGAUGAUGAACAGAGUCAGAAAUACAUUGCAACACAAGGUCCUUUGGAUAGAACUGUGGUUGAUUUUUGGCGGAUGGUCUGGCAAGAGAAAGCAUGUGCCAUAGUCAUGCUAACUAAACUUCAGGAGGAUUUAAGGAUUAAAUGCAGUCAAUAUUGGCCCUCCAGGGGUUCUGAAGACUAUGGCCCCUUCACCGUGACCCUCCAAAAAGAAACAACCAGCAACUCCUUCAUCAUCAGGGAAUUGACGCUACACUAUAAUACAAUGAUGGGGAAUCUGAGAUCUAAGAUUGUGAAUCCUACAGGAAGAAUUGACCCAAACAAGAAAGAAUAUUACAGUUCAGCUCAGUCGACUUUGUUGAUCACUCAUUAUCAGUUUAUUGACUGGCUGGAGUAUGGACCACAGCCUCCUAUUAAUUCUUUGGUAAAGUUUAAUAAAAUAAUCUCAAACCAAACUGAACACAAGAAGGGACCAAUCGUAGUACACUGCAGCACUGGUGGAGGGCGAACAGGUGCUUUUAUUGGCAUGAGUUGCUCCAUUAAAGAUGCACUGACUGAGUCCAUUAUUGAUAUACCAGCAGUAGUGACAAUAAUGAGAGAACAAAGAAUGAUGAUGAUUCAAACACUGGACCAGUAUAUGUUGGUUCAUGAAGCUGUGCUGGAGCAAGCACUGUGUGGUGAUACUCAGAUUGUUGCUUGUGACUUGCAAAAUACCAUCUCCUCUCUGUCAUCAAGUGAUAAUGCCUCUGUGACUGGAUUUGAAGCUCAGUUUAAUGUCCUAGAGCAGGUUUCUGUUCCUCCACAAGAUGCUGUUUGUGAUGUUGCAAGACAACAUCCAAGGAAGAACAGAUAUCAAGAAAUAUUACCAACUGAUCAAUGGAGAGUUCACUUGAAGUCAGAAUCACCAGAUUACAUCAAUGCUGUUUUCAUACCGAGUUAUAAGAAUGACAAAGGUUUCAUAAUAGCUCAGUCUCCUCUCAGAGAGACAAGACGGGACUUUUGGAAGAUGAUAUUUGACAGAGAAAUCACAACAAUUGUUAUGCUCUCACCAAUAAUGGAAGGAGAAGAGGAGGCUUGUGCACAGUAUUGGCCUAAAGAAGGCACAAUUGAGUUUGGUGAGUUUACAAUAUCAGUGAGAGAGGAAUGGGGACAUCAGUCCUUCUCUAGGAAGCUACUCCUCAUCAGAAAUAACAAAAAUAAUAUGCUACGGAGAUUGGCUCAUUUUCAAGUUGAUGGGUGGAGCAAUGAUGACAUCACUUCCUGUAACGAAGGUGCUAUCAUUAAUACUAUGAAUUUAGUUAAGACACUACAGAGAAAGAGUCCAAAUUCUCCAAUCCUUAUGCACUGCAGUAAUAUGAUUGGUCGUUCGGCCGUGUUUUGUGCUGCCAUGGCAACCGUUGAUCAGAUGAAGUCCAGCAGUGUUGUUGAUGUGUUUCAAACUGUGAAGAAUAUGAGAGUUAAUUUACCUGGAGCUGUUCAGAAUAAAGGACAGUAUAAGAUGAUUCAUACAUUGGCAGCUGCUUAUGUGAAUCUGUUCAGCACUUCUGCUAAUUUUUGAACAAAAAAUUUAAUAAAAACAACAAUAUAAUAAUCAUAUACACUAUAAUCAAGAUUGAGUGGUUUUUAGUAAUUCUUUUUUAGUUCAAAAUGUCUCUCCCUCUUUUCUCCAUUUUAUCCAAACAAUUGUAACCUUUUAUUUCCA